AUGAUUCGCCGGCUUUUGCACAUUCUGCGCAAACAUCAGCUACCGCUGCCGUCGGCCCGCAUGGCCAUCAAAACUAUAGUCCCCGUGCUGGCUAUUGUCGCAGCCAUGAUCAUCUACAUCCAGGCUACGAAAUUGGGCCAGUACUCAAAGCUCUCGCAGUACAGACCGGAUGCUAGGCCCAAACCGCUAAUGCUAUCGCCCAAUGGAGUGUCCGUUGUCGAUUAUCACCGCAUCGACCCCUCCAUCACAGCACAGCCCAUCGAGGGCACCAAACUGUCGCCCUUGGAACUCAUCCCAACCUUCAAUGGCGACAUGCAUCGCCGCUACAAAGAGUCCUGGGACUUCCUGGGCCGCGGUCACCGUUUCAAGCAGUUCGGGGACCUAUCAAAAGAAGCCCAAUGCUACUUCUACUUCCAUAAAGUGUACACUUUGACUCCCAACUGGAGCAAUGACUACACUAAGUGGGACUUCAUCAUUAACGACGACUCCCUCUCGCUCGAAGACGACGUGGACGAUGCCACCAGAGAAGCGUUGAUGGACCAUAGACGUGAGUUCGCUAUGUCGCUCGGUACAGAACGCAUGAGAAUGUACGACACAUGUUUCGUGUCGGAAGCAGCCGAAGAAGUUGACAUGGCCAAAAUGUUUCGCACAAUGGAGCAGACUGACUCUUCCCUGGGGCCUAACCUACAAUGGGACUUUGAGCAGCGUAUGUGGCCCUUUGUGGCUCCUUUCAACGCUACUUCGUUCGACAACAUCAUCCCAAAAAUCAUAAAUCCACAGGGUCAGACCUUGGAAAAGGGCUAUCUCCCCGUCAUAAACCACAACAACAACGAAGAGGCCACCACUAGGGCCGUCAAAUACGUUUAUGAUGAAAAGCAUUCAUUCUUGUGGAACUGGAAUCACAUGAGCUCCACCGUCGCCCCCAGAGGUAUUGUUCUCAGCUUUGGCGAUGGGCAAUUAGAGCUCGCCUCAAAGCUCAUUGCUCAUUUCCGGUUCACCGGUAACGAGCUGCCCAUCCAGGUUGUGACAAAGGGCGACAUUGCGAGAGAAACAAUUGAUACAAUCCACAAACUAGCACAAUCGGACGACAUUAACUUUCCGCACACCGAUUACAAGCACGGAAAAAACGUCAAGCAAAACGUUUGGUUUGUCGAUGUUUCUCCGACUUUGCAUCCUUUGGUUAUAGACUCGUUCGAGCGGUUCAAAAACAAGUGGCUGGCAACCGGACUCAACCUAUUUGAAGAAUAUGCCUUUGUCGACACAGAUGCUAUUAACUACGUUGAUAUGAAUUUUUUCUUUGACGAAACUGACUACGUCAACACCGGCGCAUUAUUCUUCAAGGACCGAUUCCUUGAAGAAACUAUCGCUGAGAAAAAGUGUCCCGCCAUGAUCGAGACACUGCCACCCAGUUUACUAGAAGGUUAUUUCUUUGACCAUUUUCCUGCAAUUAUCAGUGAUUACGUUGAAGAACAGUGCGAAAGCCUUCUGAACCCAAAGGAGCUCACUUUCAAAGACUAUUUUUUUGAAAUCAAGAAACAUCAAAUGGAUUCGGGAUUGGUUGUCGUUCACAAAAAUUCUCACAUUUCAGCACUCAUGAUCUCACUGAUGAUGCAUAUGACCCCAAAACUGGGCGGUUGUAGUUACGGUGACAAGGAGUUCUUUUGGCUGGGUUUCUACGUCUCCGGUCAUGAUUACUCGUUCCACACAUCGCGACCAGGGGCAUCUGGUACAGUAAUCAACGAUCCCAAGGUUGAUAAGCAGAUUAAACAACGCAAAAGUGAAGUCUGCAGUAUCACAAUUUCUCAUCUAGACCCAGAUCACGGCUUGCUAUGGUUGAAUGGUGGUGCCCAAAACUGUAAGUUCGAUGUCUCAAAACAAGACUGGGAUUCUGAAGGUUUGCAUAUGUCCUCCAAAUUCUCCAGUUUCGAGGAGAUGAAAAGCAGCUACAGUGGGCCUAUCAAAAUGCUGGCUGGCAUCAUACCUGCAGAAAAGAAAGGUGCCUGGGGUAAACCGGACCAGCGUUGUAAGGGUUACUACUAUUGUGCAAGGUAUGAGCGGCACAAUAAGCCUUACUCCUUCAACAAGGUUUUUGAAAAGGGCCAACUUGUAACGUUCACUCCUGAUCAAAAAGACAAGUACAACGCCAUCAAUACUGUUUGGGUCCACGACUACUUGUAA